GACUAUAUUUUAUAUUUCGUUUUACUAGCAUGACAUGAAAGCUUAUUACUGGUACCGACUCAUCAACAAAAUGACUCAUGAGUGGACUAUGUAUAAUCAGGGAGACUAUAUAUAAGGCCUGUUGUAGAGUAUCUCUGGUAUAACUCAGCAUAGACAUGGUGUGAUCUAAUGAAUGGGCAACAAAAUCUCUCUUUCAAAAUGAACGAGGAUGUCAUCACCUGUUCAGCUCUAGCCCAAGGUCAGGAAGAUGAAACAAGUUGUUGUCAUCGUCGUUGUCAUCAUCAUCAUCAUCGUUGUUGUCACUGACCAGGUUUACACAACAGCAACAGAAAUGCAAGUUCUCAACUCAACAGAGAAAUGGAUUUAUGAAGGAGACACGUUGACUGUCAUAUGUAAUUUUACAAAACGUCCAAACAAUCCAACUUCCAUAAGAAUUGAAUCCAAAUUCCAGUUUAAACCGUAUCAUAAUACAAGCAUUAAUAGAGAGAGUAUUAAAAGACGAAUGAGAGUAGAGUGGACCACCUCAAGGACUAUCACGAUGACCUUGACAAAUAUCUCAAGCCAUGACCGCGGCCAUUACUGGUGUGGGAAUUACAAUAUUAACAAUAUUGUAGACGUCUUGGUGUAUGAGCCCCUGGAACAACCAAGGAACGUCAAGUGCAUAUUUCAUGCAAAGAAGACCGUCAACUGUACAUACGAUGUUUCUGACACAAAGGGACAUAACUCCUACACAUGCUAUAUGGGCGCUUGCUUCAGUGACUGGAACGCAAAUAAUAUGACGUGCAAAGAUCAUAACUUGAGCAGGUUACAAAACACCACAAUUCGAGGCCGUUGUAAUUUUGACUGCCAACCCCCGGGGGCUACUGAUCAGUGCUGGGAGGAUACCUUCAUAAUCAUCAUCCGCGGCCAGCAACCCAAUCACCAGGUGUUCUACUGCAGCAAGAUGAGUCUCAAACAGAUCGAGAAACCAGGUCCAGUUGGAGACUUAACAGAAAUCAAAAUUAGACGAAGAUAUGUCAAACUCAACUGGACUAAACCUCAUCCGCACGACAAAGGUGUCUACAACUACACUGUCAGCAUUACCGGGGGUCGGAAUGGAUCUCAGAAGAUAUACCAUAAACAAAGUAAACAUUCUGGUGUGAGAAAGAAAAUUACGGGACUUUUACCGUGGACAAGUUACAACGUGACAGUAACGGCAGACCGAGCCUACCAAGGAGAUCCCACCACCAUUACAGUCCAGACAUUGGAAGAUGUCCCUCUGUCCAGUCCAACGAUACCAAAUGGGUGUUUCAGUGUCAUAAACUCCACAGCUCUCAUGUUGUACCCCAAGUCUGUUCCUGUGGAAGAGCAACAAGGGAAGAUAACCCGAUAUGAGACAAAGACCACGAACUAUACAUCCUACUACUCACUGCUUGUGAAUGGAGAAAAUGACGGUGGAUUUCGGGUGUCUUUACGUGCAGCCACCAUAAGAGGACUUUCGAAACACCCAACCAUAUUUUCUGUGUCGAAACAAGAUCUUGAGACUCAGUCGAUUACCUCAGUUUCUUUGGAAGAUGGAGUGUUAACCUGGACAGCAUCCAAGGCAGAAAAACAAUUCCGAGUUUACUACUGUACUGGAAAAAUGAAGCAGAACGUUGCUACAUGCAAGGAAGAACUUCAGCACCAGGAUGUGGGCAGCAGGAUGCAGCUGAGCGUGGAGGAUCUGGACUGUGACACAGAUUGUCUGUAUGCUGUGUCCGGGCUCCAACACAGCAGGGCUGGGAUGGUGUGGUCGACGCUGCAAACAGUCUUUGUGGAACUACAAGAUGACAUAAAAAUAGUGGUCACUGUCGUCGUCUGUGUGGUCAUAGUACUAACAGCGGGUUUUGCAUUAUGCUGCCUCUGGAUGAAGAAGAAAGGAAUGUGUAGUAACUACACCAUUCAUCUUCCCGAUUACAAGCAUCUUCUCGGGGAAUGCAAGUCUGACACAAAAGAGAAUGUAGCAGCUAUAAAACCCCAGGUGUCUAGAGAUAGCGGCAACGUCAGCAUGGGCACCGAUGCCAGUCUUGGAGCAGUGAGGCAGUCUCAAGUCAUUAGCCAGUCGGGUCCUUCAGUCAAGAAUGAUGCAAACCCACCAGAAAUACCUGGAAUGUCUACAGAAGUUCAUGGAGAAUCAUCCGAAGAAAGGACAGAGUCAUCACAUGCUCCAGGAACAACAUCCGCAUCAGGGGGAUUGCAGCCAUCUCCAGAAGGACCACAACCAUCUUCAGGAGGUCCUCGACCAAUUCCAGACAACUUAACCGACACCACAGGGGAGAGCAUGUGGGACAACUCGGGACAAAGUGCUGUUUCCGAGUACAGACAGUUUGCUGCAGUGGAAGACAGAUUUGUUCAGGACUGUUGGGGAGAGGAACUUGAUGACCUUAGUGGAAAGAAUGUGGAUGAACAAACCACUGACAAUCUCCAUCCCUCAUCUGAAUCUGUAAUUUCUGUGACCAGUUCCUGCUCACAGUCUGGGCCUUCAGCUUCAUCUUACUCAGAAGUGUUGAUUCCCGAGGAUGGUCAGGAGUCCAGUAGCCAGGAGUCCAGUAGCCAGGAGUCCAGUCGACCUCUGAUACAUUUUAAGCACCCAAAGGGCAGAAACUUUACAAAGAAAGCUUCACAGUAUUCCUAAUGAAGUUAGUCUGAAAAGAUCUGAUCCCUGCAGUUGCAAGUGUGACAAAUAUUACUUCUCACAUGAAGUACACAUAGUGCAAUACAUACAUAUGUGUCCUCCAGCAAGCAAAUCACCAAGACACUGCCAAUACUGCCAGGAGAGAUUGUGGAUGUAUAUAGUGACCGUGUCUGUAUGAGACUGUGUGUGUGUGUCUGUAUGGAGACUGUGUAUGGAGACUGUCUGUAUGGAGACUGUCUGUGUAUGGAGACUGUCUGUAUGGAGACUAUGUGUGUAUGGAGACUGUGUG